UCGGGGCGGUGCCCGCGGCCCAGUUCCGUGUGGCGGGGAUGGCGCGGCGGGCGGGCGCGCCGUUCCUGCUCUUCAGCCGGCUGCUGUGUCUGUGCCUGCCCCUGUGCCUGCCCCUGUGCCUGCCGCGGCCGGCGGCGGCGCGCCCGCCCGCCCCGCACCUCGUGCUGGUGCUGGCCGACGACCUGGGCUGGGGCGACGUGGGCUGGCACGGCUCCGCCGUCCGCACGCCGCGGCUGGACGCGCUGGGCGCCGGCGGCGUGCGGCUGGAGCGCUACUACACCCAGCCGCUGUGCACGCCGUCCCGCAGCCAGCUCCUCUCGGGCCGCUACCAGAUCCACACAGGUUUACAACACCAGAUAAUUUGGCCAUGCCAGCCCAGUUGUCUGCCACUGGAUGAGAAACUCCUCCCAGAGCUACUUCAAGAGGCGGGAUAUGUUACUCACAUGGUGGGGAAGUGGCAUUUGGGGAUGUACAGAAAAGAAUGCCUUCCAACGCACAGAGGAUUUGACACUUACUUUGGCUAUCUCCUGGGCAGUGAGGAUUAUUACACUCAUGACCGCUGUGUCCUCAUCAAAGCAAAGAAUGUGACACGCUGUGCUCUGGACUUUCGAGAUGGAGAAGAAGUUGCAACUGGGUUUAAAAAUGUGUACUCCACAAAUUUAUUCACAGAAAGAGCUAUAGAUCUUAUAGCCAGUCACAAAACUGAGAAGCCCCUCUUUCUCUACCUCGCCUUUCAGUCUGUGCAUGAACCUCUCGAGGUCCCUGAAAGAUAUGUGAAACCAUAUUCUUCCAUAAAAGAUGUAAAGAGGCGCCAUUACGCGGGAAUGGUGACUCUUAUGGACGAAGCUGUAGGAAAUCUUACUGAUGCUCUGAAAACUUACGGUCUUUGGGACAACACCGUUUUUGUUUUCUCUACUGAUAAUGGAGGACAGACUUUAGCAGGGGGGAAUAACUGGCCACUGAGAGGGAGAAAAUGGACCCUCUGGGAAGGAGGAGUGAGAGGUGUAGGCUUUGUUGCAAGUCCUUUGCUGAAACAAAAAGGUGUAGAAAGUCAUGAACUCAUCCAUAUCUCUGACUGGCUGCCAACGCUGGUGCACCUUGCUGGAGGACAUACCAAUGGCACUAAGCCUUUGGAUGGCUUUGAUGUUUGGAACACUAUCAGUGAAGGAAGACCUUCUCCUAGAGUGGAACUGCUGCAUAACAUAGACCCCAUGUUUGUGGAUGAUUUCCCAUGUCUUGGCAUUGACAAGAGGACAUCUUUACCACAGAGCAAUUCUUCCCCAUGGGAUAAUACACUUUUCAAUAUAUCCAUACAUGCAGCAAUAAGACAUGGAAAAUGGAAGUUGCUAACUGGAUAUCCAGGCUGCAGUCAUUGGUUCCCUCCACCGUCUUUGUACAAUGAGUCACAGAUUCAGUCGUCUGAUCCAUCAACAAAGAGACUUUGGCUGUUUGAUAUUGUUCAUGACCCUGAAGAGAAAUAUGAUGUGUCUGAAAAAUACCCUCAUAUGGUGGAAAAACUACUCUCACGACUUCAGUAUUAUCACAAACGUUCAGUGCCUGUGUUCUACCCUGAUGAGGAUCCCGCCUGUGAUCCAGCAGCAACUGGGGCUUGGGGUCCUUGGGCAUAGUGAACAAAGCUUUGCACCCUGUAAAAAAACCUCUGUAACAGAGUCUUUCUACUUUCUUUAGUGAGCUGUAGCUAAUUGUGAUCUUAUUUUUUCAGUAAUACAGUAUUUCUUAUUCUUGAUCUGUUGGGAAUCUUAUUUCAGUCUUUCCCACUCUCUCAUUCCCAACAAUUAUAUGUGAAAUGUUAGUUUGUUGGUUUUUUUUUAUAUUCUUUGUCUGGAAUAUGCUCUAGUGCAGAAGAUAAACAUUGUCUCCUUCCUUGAAAGAAAUUGAAAGGCAUUGAAUUCCUUGUAAGGAAUCAUGGCAGCAGGGAUAUCCAAAAUUAAUCAGCCUUGUGGAGUAUACUGAAUUCCGAUUUCAUGUUUGUCCAGAAGACAAAUUCUACUGAAAGUUAUUGUAUAUCUGUAUUAACAUAAUUUUUUUUUUGCCUUUAACAUGUACUUCCAUCCAGAAAAGGGAAGAGUAAAAAAAGAAAACCUCACUAAUACAACAAAAUCUCUAUUUCUUGUUCACUCUUAAUGUGUCAAACCAGAGUAGAGAGUGAUGAUCAACUGGAGUGCAGGGCUGUCAGGUAGAAGGGUCUUGAUAGGCUGAAAAAACAGAUGAAUAAAGAUUUAAUGAGUUACAAUAAUUGCAGAGUCCUCCAGUUGGGGUGGAGCAGCUGCAUUCAGCUGGGCCAACAUUCUGGGCCAUGACCAGAUGUAAAGCAUUUUCAUGGGGAAAACUUAUCUAGGCAUUCUUCUGGACAAUAAUUAAGACAAGAGUUGCCGUUUUCUCUCUAAGUAAAGAAACCCAACCAGCUGUUGUUCCAUGAAAGUGAGAAUGUAGCCAGCAGCUAGGGGAUGUCUUAAUUCCCUUCUGCCAGUGCUCAAGCAUAGCAUCACAUUUUGAUGCACCCAGGAAAAGUAUUCACCAUUUGGAAUUAGUUCAGUGGAGAACUAUGAAUAUGAUCAUGGGGACAUAAAGAAAUGGGUUCGUUUAUGGUGGUGAGAAAAAGGGAAGUUGCUAUCUUCACCUACCUAAUGUAAGAGCAUAGAGAAGAGGAAGCAGGACUCCUCCAAGAUGCACAAAGAUGAAAAGCACACAGGGAACAUGUGGAGUUCCAAUGCAAUAUAAGGAAAGGAAAAAAAAUCACACCCUGUGUUUAAUUAAAUAUGGGAAAUGUGAGACUAUGGGAACCCUAAUCCUGGGCAUGUUCAGUCUUCGGGGGGAGAAGAUUCUGGACAAUUCUAUCCCUGAAGCUGGAUCAAAUUUGAAGUUGACCUGGUUUGGUAGAGGUGGUGAGGAGCAACCAGUGACCUCCAAAGGCCCCUUUCUGCAAGAAUUGCUCAACGAUUCUGUGAUGAACAAAACCUUACUUUUAUUACCUGCCUGUUUUUCAGAAUCUGGAUCUGUGUCUCAAGCCAUGGUUAUCACUUGUUCAAAUUCUGGUACAGACCAUCCACUUCUCUGGUAAUAAAUAUAUUUUCUCCAAG